AUGGGGAAGAGCCGGUUCUGUUGCGGGAAGGGCUUCACUCAGUCGUCUGUGCUGCUGCGACACCGGCGCGUUCACGUCGAGGAGAGACCCUUCACCUGCACAGUGUGCGGGAAGGGAUUCACUCAAUCCUCGGACCUGCUGACGCACCAGCGAGUUCACACCAAGGAGAGGCCCUUCACCUGUUCCACCUGUGGGAAGAGGUUCGCUCACUCAUCCACCCUGCUCAGGCACCAGCGGGAACACACCGGGAAGAGGCCAUUCGCUUGCUCCGAGUGUGGGAAGGGCUUCACUCAGUUUUCCGAUCUGGUGCGACACCGGCGGGUCCACACCGGGGAGUGCCCUUUCACCUGCUCCACGUGUGGGAAGGGAUUCAGUCAGUCGUCCAGCGUGCUGAGGCACCACAGCAGCCACACCAACGAAAGGCCUUUCAAAUGCUCCGACUGCGGGGGUAGCUUCAAAACAGCUGAGGACCUGAUGGUCCACCAGCGGAUUCACACCGAGGAGAGACCGUACGGCUGCUCCCGCUGCGUGAAGAGGUUCCGAACAGUAUCCAGCCUGCGGAGACACCAGCGCAUUCACACCGGGGAGCGGCCGUUCGCAUGCUCCGUGUGUGGGAAGGGAUUUGCUCAGUCGUCCAACUUGCUGAGGCACCAGCAAGUGCACGAGUGA